AGGUCUGUGCAUAAAAUGUUGUGCCAAAUGGAAUAGGCCAUUGUGGCUUUGCGUGUGCCUGUCUGUAUUUAAGAGACCGAUGUGUCACUUAAUACAUUUGUAAAUCCGUGUCACACUGGAGACUCGUCGACUCUCGCCUACACCUCUCUUGUAAUUACAAUACGCGUGCCAUUUCUUAGUGCUUUCAUACACGUGCCCACUGGUGUUACCACGGAUGUGAUGGCUUGUACAGAAGUGCCAUGAGGUCCUCUUUGGGCCUCUAACACAAGUUGUUAAACGUGGGACAGCGUGAGAAAGCGCGACAAUGAUCUGUGUCGAAAUAAUUUUAACCAACAGCUCUCUACACUUCACUGGGUAACAUUGGCAAUCUGUCCGUUUCAAUAGGCUUACAUUUUUACACAUCAUUAUACUAUUUACCCUCCUUAUGACUAUCUUGACGUCUUCUAUGAAUUCACUCUGUAUGACAUUUCUAACUUGUAAAGGCUACUCUACUGUAUUUCAACAGUACAAGGCGCGGGGAAGGUCAGGGAUUGGCUACCUGUGGCAAUGGGAGGAGUGUAAAGUCAGCUCGUAUUCCUAAUGAUUUAAAAGUCGUCCAGAGACAGAAAUGCCAUAUUGUGAUUCUUCUUCAGAGACACAGCACAGAGAAAUACUACUGUUCUUCUUGAUUAUUUACAUCUGGACAUUCUCUGAACUCUGGAAAUACACUUUUUUAAGGAAAACAGCAGCUUGUUCAUUAAGAAAGAUGAAACCACUUGAAGAAAAAGAGAACAGGAAAAUUGAUAGAAAGCUCCUCAAGCCUCAGGUGGAGAGACGUCGGAGAGAGAGAAUGAACCACAGUCUGGAGAGCCUGAGAACCCUGCUGCUGCAGGGACCACUACAUCAUGGUGUGACUCAGCGUAGAGUGGAGAAAGCUGAGAUCCUGGAACACACUGUUCUCUUUCUCCAGAACACUGGAGAUGUGGACAGGAAGAAAGGCAAAGAUGGAGAAAAGCAACAUCCCUUCCAGGAUGGCUUCUCAGGCUGCCUGCAGAGAGCUGCACACUUCCUGGGGCAGGAAGGGGAGGGCCUGCAGCUGGAGGCAGCACUGAACUCUACUUUCUCUGCUCGGCUGAACAGCCAUGCCUGUAUGAACACUGAAGUCCCGGCUAAAGCCCACUCUUCCAUCUCUCUGCCCAGCACAACGUGCCACCAGUCCUCACACCUGAUGAAGAUACAGGAGUCCCACUACAGACAACAGCUUUUUGAAGUCUACAGGAGACAUCUGUCUCAUGCUCACAGAGCUCCACUCCAACAUGGAGAUCCCAAACCUCCCCAGCUGCCCCACAGACACGCUGACAAAGAAGCCCAAUCCCAGAACCUCCCAGGCAGACAGUCUGUGUGGAGGCCUUGGCCUUGACCUAGCAGGGGAGCCUGCAUUGGGAUAUUUAACUGUAAAACAACUCUAAUAUCCUAUGAACUGAUAACCAGGAUGCCACAUCCUUUGCUGCUGAGGUUGCUAUGUUGUUAUUAAUUUAUGCAGUGUUGUGAACACCUGACUCAGAGACUCCAUAGAUUUGCAGUGAUAUGACAAUGUUGUACUGCAAAGAAUAUAUACAUUCUAAAUAUUGUACAAUUUCUCUAUACUUUAGUAUUAUAACAUGUACUAUGUAUAAGUUGUAGUACUCUGAUAUCUUGUCUAUUUUUGCACAUUAAUUUAUUCUGGGACUUGUUCCUUUGUUUUUCCAGAUAGA